AAAUCUGUUGACUUGUUUUAUUUUGGCGUUUAUAAAUUUCAUGUGAUUAUUCUUCAUGGAUGUUGAGGAGGGAAAGAGAAGUGAAAAUUUUCAUGUCUAUGGCGAUGGGAAGCAGAUCUACUGUCUUUCUUCUUCCUACCCUUCUCUGCUUGUGGCUGAGUAUUGAUACUUGCAGCGACGCCACCGAAAGUGAUAUUCAGUGCUUGAGAGGUCUAAAAGCAUCACUAAUCGACCCUAACGGUUACCUGUCUUCGUGGGAUUUCAACAACAAGACAGAAGGGUCCAUCUGUAGAUUCAACGGCAUCGAAUGCUGGCACAAUGAUGAAAACAAGGUCCUAAACAUACGGCUCUCGAACAUGGGCCUCAAAGGUCGGUUCCCGGAGGCUCUCAAGAACUGCACGAGCAUGACAGGAUUGGAUCUAUCGACAAAUGAGCUCUUCGGACCCCUUCCUGAUAACAUCGGUUCAAUAAUACCAUAUGUGACAACCUUCGACCUCUCCUAUAACAAUUUCACCGGUGUUAUUCCGGAUAGCCUUGGGAAUUGUAGCUACCUGAAUACACUUAGUCUCCAACACAAUGGGUUUACAGGUCAGAUCCCCUCGCAACUCGGCCAGCUUGAUCGGUUGUCUGAGUUCAGUGUCGCCAACAAUUCUUUGUCGGGACCAAUUCCUCCCUUUUUAAAUCAGCAAUCAAGCUUGUGGGGACCAACUCCUCGCCAUUUAAUGAAGCCCUCAAGCUUUGCGAAUAAUUCAGGACUUUGUGGGUCGCCUUUGGAUGCCUGCAAAGAAUCUUCUCUGAAAAUGAAAACAUUACGUACCAAGGUUAUCAUCAGCUUGACCGUUGGUUGGAUUCCUCUUGCAGUUAUAGUUGUCGGUGUUAUUUUCUUAUGCAGAUUUCGUAGAAUGGCUAAGAAGAAUAAGGAAGAAGAAGAUUUGAGUAUGGAACGAACCAAAUAUAUCAAGUCACAACGUACUCCUCGAAGGUAUUGCAAUGUCCACUUCUCCAUGUUUGAGAAGACGGUUCCGAAAAUGAGAUUGAACAAUCUACUGAAAGCCACUCAAAAAUUCAGCGAAAACAACGUUAUCAGAUCCGGCAGAGCAGGCACCAUGUACAAGGCAAUGCUUGUUGAUGGAUCUUCCCUUGCAAUUAAGAGGCUUCAUGAUUCUGAAUAUUCUCACAAGGAAUUCAUGUCUGAGAUGACCAUGUUGGGUUCCCUAAAACACCGUAACGUGGUUCCUCUUUUGGGUUUUUGCAUUGCAAGAAAUGAGAGGCUGUUAGUAUACAAAUACAUGCCCAAAGGAACUCUGUUUCAGCAGCUACAUGAGGGACUCAUGGAAUGGCCUCUGAGGAUGAGAAUUGCAAUUGGGGUGGCAAGAGGCCUUGCAUGGCUUCACCACAGCUGCGAUCCUUGCAUAAUUCAUCGCAACAUAAGCUCCAAAUGCAUCCUCUUGGAUGAAGAUUACGAGCCAAAAAUAUCCAAAUUCAGAUCUGCCGCACUUAUUGAUCCGCUCGACACCAAUCUGAGUGUUCAUGUAAAUGUCAAAUCUGAUGAUUUGGGUUUGGUUGCUCCUGAAUUCACAAGCAUGGUUGUCGCCAGUCGAGCUGGGGAUGUAUACAGAUUUGGUGUGGUGCUGCUCGAGCUGAUCACCGGCCAAAAGCCUUGUAAUGUGGCGAAUGCCUCAAAAGGCUUCAAGGGGAAUCUGGUGGAGUGGAUUACUUACCUUAAAAACAAGUCUCUUCUUAGCUAUGCCUUCGACAGGUCUUUGAUAGGAAAGGGUUGUGAUAACGAGCUUCUCCGAUUUCUGAGAGUUGCCGUUGCUUGCGUUGUGCUUGAUCCGGAGGAGAGGCCUAUGAUGCAUGCAGUUUACCAGCAUCUGCAAUCUAUUGGGAAGAGAUACCACUUCGCAGAUGAAGAUGAGAUUGAACUGCCACAGGUGUGUAUUGAUAUGGAUCGCCCAAAUGAACUUAAUGUGAGGCAACAAAUACAGGAAGUUCAGCCGAAUGGCUUGAACAUGCAAAGAAUUGUCGUUGACAAAAAAGUGAGAAGAGCGGCAUCAUUUUAGUUCUUGGAAUCUACAGAUCAGGGAAAUCUUCUUCUGUAUAUUGAGAAUGUUUGUUCUAUUGAUGAAUGCUUUUCUUUCUUU